AUGAGCCACCACCCUGCUGUCUUCUUCGGCAUGCACCUCGGCGACUUCGACAACGCCACCACUACCAGCGAUGAGGGCAGCAGCAGCUGCAGCUGGGACACGCCGGCGACGAUGGCGACCGGCCUGGAACAACGAUUUGCUUGCCGUUGGGACGAAUGCGGCAAGAGCUUCCCGCGACCUAGCGAUCUCACCAAGCACGAGCGGUACCACAUCAAGGACUACCACUGUGACGAAGUCGACUGUUGCAAGGCCUUUGCGACGCACAAGGACCUGAAGCGCCACAAGAAGACGCACGAGAAGCUGGAUGGCGGCGCGGCGGCGCAAGGCUACCGUUGUCGCGUGCCCGGAUGCCGAAAGGCCAAGACGGGCCACGUGUACAAUCGUCGCGACAACUUUACGCGACACCUGCGAACGAAGCAUGCAGAACUGAACUUUGACGUCAAGGAACUAGGGAGUGGCUGA